AUGGUGGCGUUCAGACAAUCUUCCUUUUUCUCACCGAUUCCAACACAAUAUGCUAAGUCAGCUGUAAAAUUUAUUGGCUAUGAAUCAAGAUGCAUGACUUAUUGGCCUCAUUUUCUUCAAUGGUGUCUCCUUACAUUAGUGCCAGAUCGGAUUAUCAAUGGCUUCCGACUGCAACAUGGUUUUAGUCGGAGAAAGAAAUCUUGA